GGUAAAUAUGCCAUGCGUGACCUUGUCCACCGGUUACCGGGAAGCAGCAAUAGCAGUACUGGGGGCAGCGGUGGGACUAGCUGCGGUUCCGGGGGUCCACUAGCGCCCAGUAAGACCAUGUCAGACGAUACGGUAACGGCUAUUUGCUGCGCUCUGCAUGAGGUCAUCACUAAGAACAUGGAGAAUGCCAAAGCACUGAGAGACGCCGGCGGGAUAGAGAAACUCAUCGGCAUCGCUCGUAGCAAAGGAGACAAACACUCAGCCAAGGUGGUGAAGGCAGCCUCUCAGGUGCUCAGCAGUAUGUGGCAGUACAGAGACCUACGCAGCCUCUACAAGAAGGAUGGAUACUCUCAGUAUCACUUUGUUGGUUCUGCCUCUACGAUAGAGAGAGACAGACAGAGACCCUACUCCUCCUCUCGCACCCCCUCUGUAUCCCCCGUACGAACCUCACCCAACAACCGCUCAGGCCAAUGA